UUUCUACCUGCCGCGCUCUUCGCCUUAUUAUUAAACCCUAAAAACCAUCAGGGUAAGAGAAUAUGGCGACAGUUCCGGGACAGUUGAUUUGGGAGGUAGUGAAGAACAACAAUUGUUUUCUGGUGAAGCAAUUUGGAAGAGGAACUGCUGGUCUUCAGUUCAGCAAAGAGCCCAACAAUUUGUACAAUCUCAACUCCUACAAACAUUCUGGGUUGGCAAACAAGAAAACGGUCACCAUUCAAAGCGGUGGCAAAGAUCAGUCCGUGCUGCUAGCAACAACCAAGACUAAGAAGCAGAACAAACCUUCCAUCUUGUUUCACAAGUCUGUCAUGAAAAAGGAGUUCCCCAGGAUGGUCAAAGCAGUCAAAAACCAGGCGAAAGACAACUACUACAGGCCUGAUUUAACUAAAGCAGCCCUCGCAAGGUUGAGUGCCGUGCACAGGAAUCUGAAGGUAGCUAAGUCUGGUGUCAAGAAGAGGAACAGGCAAGCACUGAAGGUUCGUGGCAGGAAGUGAGCUAGAUAGACGUUUCAAGUUGUAUGUGCUCUUCUAUUUUCAUUGUACCAGACAACUUUUA